AUGCGUGAACAAUCCGAGCAGGAUGAGUGGGCGGCUCAUAUGAGCUCGCUUGCAUCUGAAGUUAUUAUUCUGACUAUGGACAACAAGGCAGAUACAGAGUCACAGGGAAUAACUGCCACUGUUCCUGAGAACCAUUCACCACCUGGAAGUGCUCAUGGUUCUCUCAAGAGAUCGUGCUCUGGUACUCUAGGCUCCCAGCCUGGUCAAGUGUCUGCUCCAUUCGUUACUUCCCUUUCAAUCCCAGCUACUCCUUCCCCUCCUUUAGCCCCAUCCUCUCCUACCUCUUCCCAUCACUGCAGUUCCUCUUCUUCUUCUACCAUCCGUCCCGAAAAACCUAAGCCUCUUGACUUGACACCUGAGAUCAGUCCUGGUCCUUUCAACUUCGUGACUCAAGUCUACUCUCCUCCCACCUAUCGACCCCAUCACUCCCAGUACUAUUUUGAGGCCGCACCUCAAGUCUACCACAACGCUGCGGACUUUGCUCCUCAGUACCAACCAAAGAACACCUUUGAAUCCAAAUCCUCUUACUUCAGACCCAAAAACAUGGGUUGGCCAUUCGAGCAGGGCGAGGUCUCCAGUUAUGGGGACUUUGCUCGUCUUGAAAGCUCCAAAAUUGAGGAGCUCCUGCAGCCAACCUCGAUUCCAUUUGGUAGCGUCACCGACAUGCACACAUCCACUCGCGAUGGUGUCUUGAUGAUUUCCAACAUUCCGUACACUGUGACUCGUCAGGAGGUGGCCUCGUUCCUUGGACGCAGUGCCAAUCUGCUCCCAUCCUCUCAAGGAUGUCCCAUUCAUAUCAUGAUGGAACGGUCCACCGGCAAGACGAUGGAUUGCUUCGUUGAAUUCCCUACUCAGAAAGAUGCCGAGGACGCUUUUGAGCGCAUCAAUCGUACCUACGAUGUUGGCAGCACCCCACGUAUGGGCAACCGCCAUGUUGACAUCGAGGUCAGCACCCCAGCCAAGCUUCUGAAGGCGACUUUCCCCCGGGCAAAGUGCAUUUCUUGGGAGAGUGGAAAGCCUGUUCAACUUCCAAACAAAGAUAGUUGGUCCACUGGGUUUGAUGGCUUCCUCACCGAUGAGGAACUCUUCUGCCUCACUCGUCAUGCUGAACAACCUCACCGUAGUGUAUUUGCCAGUAAGGUUCCUCAGCGGUGCUACGAAUCGUUCGUCACCACUAUCUGGAAGUUUCCGUGGCACGCCACUCAUCUUUACACGGUGCACCACCGAAACGCCCUUUUCAAGACCCUUGGUACUUUGAUCAAGACUCUGGUGGAACGUAUGCAGAAGGCAAACACAGUUGGUCUGGAUAUCCGCCUUCUCAAUGAGUUGGUGUAUGCAGGGAUCUGGUGCCCUGGCUUCAACCCUCGCAUGAAAUACUGCUUUGCCUGGUGGUCGCAGGAUGCGAAAGGAAUUGAGACAUUGGACCAUGACUGGUGUCUUUACUUCCCAUUCGACACUCUGACUUACGUUCCUGGACAUGAUGGUGCAGCUAUUCAGUUCUAUGCCUAUCUGAUGUCCAAGGGUGCUGUGCUGCGCACCGAGAAUGAGGGUUUGACUAACAAGCAUACCAACCCUGAGCUCGAGCGAAUCUUCGGACAGUUCUGGUUUGAGUGGAACGACGAUGCUGCCCGUAUCACCAUCUUCAAGGAUGCAGUGACCUACGAAGCAACUGUUCUUCGAAAGUUCAUCAUCACUGGGUUCCAGCACCUCCACAAGAGAAAUUCCAGCGGCUCAACCAUCGGUACUGCCCCUGAUUCGCCGGCCCACAGUCAAACCUCAGCCGAUAGCCAGCGUACUGUUUCCGCCUCUCGCACUGGCUCUGUGAACCCUAGCCAUGCUUCUCGGGGAAGCUCCGUCGUUUCAGCCAGCAACAUGAUGACUAGCCGCAUCCCAGAGCGUGGUAACACCCGUGGUAGCUCUCAGCGUCUUGAUGCUGACCAAUAUCUGUCCGGCACCUCCUACCGUCAGGCCGCCCCAUCGGUCCCUCCUUACCGUCCGCCACACCAGCGCGAUGUCUCCGAGACCACCCGCAAGCAGUCUGCUAACUGGCGUAUGCCCCGAACUGAGGAGGCACCUGCGGCAGGCUCUUCUAAGAGCCAGGAUCGGACUCGCCCUGUGUACCGUGCCCCUCACGCGACCGCACAGAACGUUCGGUCGUCGUCUGACCCAUUUGCCCCCGUCCCUUCGACUGCUGCCACCAGCCACCGUUCGCGCUCCGACGCCGCCCGCCUGUCGAACAUCGACCGCCAGGCGUUUGAUGAGUUGCGCGCUGCUGGUCGCGGCAAGGCCGCAAAGAAGUAG